AUGCCUACACGGCACAAUUACGGGAUUACCCUGCCAAAUGGCAGCACGAUAGUCCACAGGCGUGGCGCCAACAUCAAAACUCCAUUCAGCGACAUCCCGGUGAUAAUGCACGAGCUGUCACCCGGUCAGCAGCCAAAGGUGCAAAAUUCCGAUCACGACCAGUCCGCAAGUAGGUCGUACGCCGGCCAAUUUGGCCUCAUUGAGUUCACGACGGAAUACCGGCUGCCGCGUCAUGUACAUAUCGCACCGCCGGAUUCUACGGACCCAAAGAACCAAGUCUUCACGGCGGAGCGCAUACUCGUGCUCUCAGGCGUGGCUCUGGUUGAACUCAACGGUGAGAUAUAUGUGAUACCGCCAAAGACCCUGGUGACGAUUGCGCCGGGCGUGCCACACACUUGGACCGCAUGUCCAGCUGGAGUGAGGGUUUCUGCGCCUUCUGGCCUUCCGCCAUCUGCUCAGCGGGGAGGGCAGAGCAACGAGGAGUAUCCAGACUCUGGGCCUGAGGCUGUGUCAUCUACGGGCCAAUUUUUGAUGGUGUACGAGUAUGAGGAACCGACGGGAUUCUUCCCCACCAAGCAGAAUGAAACGCUCUGCAGUGUCGAGGAAUAUCAACGCUGUGAUGAUCUCGAAUCGAUCAGGAUACCGAAACUGAGCGCCACGGAGGUUGAACUGAACUGCACGUUCGUGUGGGAGAGGGAGACGUGGAAGGAAGAAGAAUAUGAAUGA